AUGAAGACUUCUCUCCUCGCCCUCCUGGCCCUCGCCAGUCUCGGCUAUGCUGCUGAACAGGGUGCUCAGGAGGCCCAAGACGCUCAAGCUCAUCAGGCUGACCAAGCUGCCCAAGCCAAGCAAGGCGAACAAGCCAAGCAAGGCGAACAAGCCAAGCAGGGUGGUUAUCCUGGCAUUUCUGGUGGUUAUCCUGGCGGUGCUAGUGGCCCGAGUACGUUCCAAAGUGCAAAGAGCCCGUGUCAAAUCAGCUUACAUUUUCCCACAGGCCAGUCUUACGACCCUUCUGGCAGCGGCGUGUACCAAGGCGUUGGCUACCUGGGAGGUGGCAGCGGAGAUGGCAGCGGAGGUAGCAGCGGCUACCCUCAAUACCAACCUCCUCCUCCAGUUCCUCAAUACCAACCUCCUCCUCCAGUUCCUCAAGGAUAUCCACCUGUAAUUGCACAGCCACCGUGGGGACCAAGACCACCGACGGGACAAACAUACCCACCUGCGGGCUCUCCACUGUGGCCGAUAGGAUCUCCUUUCGCCGGCCAGGGAACAACUCCAUUCUCCAACGAAUGCGGAGUUCAGAACAACGGCAAUCUCGCGUGCCCAGAGAGCAAGUCCUCAGGCAAUGGUAUUGCGGAUGCACUUGACCCUCUUUCUUGUGUCAGAUUGCUGAUAGCUCCCGGCAGGUCUCCUCGGCGGUCUCCUCACUCUCGACCUCCGUAAGCAAUCCCCUCUCCCCUUCCCCAAACUCUCCAUGACCUAUUCCCCCCAAUCUUUCGACUGACUCUUCCCUCCCUCCCCGCAGUCUCGACUUCCUGCAGCGCGGCCGUCACCUGCUGUCAGAACCAGGGAGCCAACACCAACGGCGCCCUCUUGGGACCCCUCAUCAACAUCUGCCAUCUGCUCUAA